UACCGGCGCAGUGGGAUGCCCCUGGACCCCCUGCCCCGGUGUCCGUCCUGGGACCUCUCCACCGGAACCCAGCCGUGUCCCGCACACCGAAGGCCGGGGCUUCCCCUCCGCCGCCGGGAAGCCGCGGGGGCGGGCGGGCGCGACCCUCCCCGCGUCUGUCGCUCCUCGGGGAGGAGCCGGCCGGGUCGCACCGGGCCCGCUCGCCAAGUCGGGCUCCGAGCAGCCAAACCCAGCCCCCUGGGCUCGGGGUGGGCGGGGAGGGCCGGCGGGCCGGGCGCCUCUUCGGCAGGGAGCCGGGGGACGGGCGAAACUUUCCUCCCGGGUGGCGGCGAGGCACCAGCGGCCACCGAGGCGAGCUCUGCCAGCAUGGGCCCCGACGCGCUGCAGCUCCGCACCUACGGCGGGGCGGCCGCCGCCGCGCUGCUGCUCUGUGCCGUAUGCGUGCUCUGCAGGAGGAAAAGGAAGACUGGAGAGCCCCCGCUAAUAAAUGGCUGGAUUCCUUAUCUUGGGAAAGCUUUGAUUUUUAGAAAAGAUGCUUUCAAUUUCUUACUGGAUCAGCAAAAGAAACUUGGAGAUAUUUUCACUGUACAUAUUGCUGGUAGAUACAUUACCUUUAUCAUGGACCCAUUUCUAUAUGUUUACGUCAUCCGAAAUAGCAAGCAACUUGAAUUUCAUGAAUUUGCUGAUAAAAUGGCUUCCAAAACUUUUGACUACCCAGCCUUGUCAAACGGAAAAUUCCCUGAUCUCAAGGAAAACCUGCAUAGAAUCUACCAGUAUCUACAAGGCAAGCCUUUGGAUAUCAUUUCUGACCACAUGAUGAAAAAUCUCCAGGAUAUAUUUGAAUGGAAAUGCUCACAAGCAACAGAUUGGGAAACAGAAAAAAUGUACAAAUUCUGCUGCUCUGUAAUGUUUGAAGCCAGUUUUGUAACACUAUAUGGAAGAGUUCCUGCUGCAGAUGGCCACAAAGUUAUUAGUGAAAUCAGAGACAAAUUUAUCAAGUUUGAUGCCAGCUUUCCCUAUUUAGCUGCAAACAUACCAAUUGAGUUGCUAGGAGCUACCAAGAAGGUUCGGAAGGAGCUUAUACAUCAUUUUUUACUUCAGAACAUGACAAAAUGGCUGGGAGGGUCAAAAGUGGUCCAAGCCAGACAAGAUAUAUUUGAGAAAUAUGAGCUGCUUGGAGAUUAUGACAAAGCAGCACAUCAUUUUGCCUUCCUUUGGGCCUCUGUGGGAAACACGAUUCCAGCUACAUUCUGGGCCAUGUAUUAUCUUCUGCGGCACCCAGAAGCUCUUGCAGCGGUGCGUGACGAGAUUGACCAUUUGCUGCAGUCAACAGGUCAGAAGAGAGGGCCCACGUAUAACAUCCACCUCACCAGAGAACAAUUGGACAACCUGGUCUACCUAGAGAGUGCCUUAAACGAGAGUUUACGAAUGUGCUCUUCCUCCAUGAACAUUCGCAUCAGCCAGGAGGAUUUUGUUCUCAAGCUUGAAGGGAAUCAAGAAGUCUGUUUGAGGAAAGGAGACUGGAUAGCCCUUUACCCGCAGAUUUUGCACAUGGACCCUGAGGUCUAUGAAGAUCCCAAGGAGUAUAAGUUUGAUCGAUACAUAGAGAAUGGCAAGAAGAAAACCACGUUCUACAAGGCAGGAAGAAAACUGAAGUAUUUCCUAAUGCCCUUCGGCUCUGGAAUCAGCAUGUGUCCAGGGAGGUUCCUCGCAAUGAAUGAGAUGAAGAUGUUUCUCUUCAUACUAUUGGCUCAUUUCGAUGUAGAACUAGUGGAAAACAAAGCUGUCAGACUUGAUAACAGUCGUAUGGGCCUUGGUAUCCUCCUGCCAGACGCUGAUAUUGCCUUUCGUUACAAGCUAAGGUCCUUAAGAAAGUGAGCGGCUGUCUAUAUGCCUUCUACUAAUCUCUGUGUUUGCUCUGUUUCCUCAGCUUUGUAUUUUUCAAAAUGUUUGGUUUUUCCUUUUCUACUUUUCUGUUUGUUUCUAAGGAGAAAAGCCCUCGGGCUGGAGGUAGAUGUCAGAUGUGAGGACAUGCAACCCCAAUUUGUCCUGCCUGCCUUGUGAGUAAUGAGAUGAGAUGACGAGUUUGGCCAAGUGAAUAGCCCAACAUCCCUGCAAGAUGAACCCCCAUACUCUUGGCCAUGAGUCAAAUAGGAUGUACAGGCAAGAUGACAUCAAGCUGAAUCCAGGCCAUUUAAAUGGGAAACAUGCUCAGGAGUCCUCUGUCACGGGGGUUCCCCCUUGUUGGAUUGGGAGGUCCCAUACACCCACCAUCUGAUGUAAUUUCUGUAUCUGCUCAUAGAAGCAUAAUAGCAAGAAAAGGAGAACUUAAUUCUAGAGGACAAAAGAAUCUUUAGGGCUCAUUAUUCUAACUUUUUAUUUACUCUGUUCCCUUUGUGGUCUUGAGAGUCUUAGGCCUUAUUUGGGAGAUGUGAUGGAAGCUGUGUGGGGUGUUGGGGGGGUGAGUUGCAAGAAUGUCUUGAUGGCAACACAUUUCUGACUUCACUUUUAUGUACUGAGGUACUGAGGGUGAAUGCUUUGCUUUUCUUCUUUUUUUUUUUUUCUUUUUUUUUUUUUUUUGUGCAUUGCACAGAAGUUAAAAUGUGUAGUUUUUUCCUGCAGUCAUUUAAAGUCAGAAGGGAGGUUCUGUUGAUUUUAAUAAGCUCUGGAUCAAGCCUCACUUAUCUAUUUUGGCUUUUGACCCAAAAAAAGUGUAUUCUUCAGGGAGAAAAUAUAUGAGGCUGUUUGAAAUGAUUCUACCAUCUCAAAAAUUACCUUCUGUUUGUCUCACUGUUUUCCUAUAGCACAUCUGUGUGUUUUAUUUUGAUCAUUUCGUGUGUUUGUUCAUUUCUCCAAAAAGGCAAAAGAAGAAGAGGGCUUCAAUGGCAAGUGUGGUCUCUGAAACUACUUUUUAACAGUGUUUUUCUGUGCCUAAGUUAUGCAUAGGCAGAGUAGUGUGGCUUCUGUUUGGAAACAAACGUGUCCAUCCACACAUUGGAAAAUAAGCUCUUCCUGGGGGCUAAAAUCUGAGCAAGUGACAACUCUGGGCAGCUGCAGGAUUUAUCUGUGUACUGGCUGCCCAAUCUGCUGCACUGGGUGACCAGCUCUUGUUUAAAAAAUAAGUUUCCUAGUGCAGAAGGUCUGAGAUUUUUAGACCCUGUCUCUGUUCCCAACCAUCAGAGACUGAUGAGGACUCUCAUGGCUGUCCAGUCUCAAUUUGCCAAGAUGAUAAUUGUGAUGGGAGAGUAGCCAUAUCUGUGGGCCUUGCCUUGUGCUCCCAAAAAAUUCUCUCUUUGGGAUGUGCCAGCAUAAGUUCUGCCUCCACAUGAAUAAUGAUGUUGUACCUGGAAAAGGCUUCCCCUCAUACUCCCAAGUGUCCUGUCAUCAUUUAUUGAAGUUAGACAGGAAGAAAGAUGAAUAAUCACUGCAAGAAAAGGUUAGUUUGGGCAGCCAAACCUUGAUCUAUUCUGUGCCACGAUUUCCAUUUCUUCACAUAACUAACCAACCAAGGAGGAGUUACCGCUGUCUGAACUUGAGUUCAGAUUUGCCUUAUAGGUGCUGAAUGAAUUGCUGGUUCGUCUGGAUUUGCAGUUCAUUAAAAAUAUCCUUUUUUCCCCCAAUAUUUCAUUGUUUGCUGUGGUUUUGUGGUGUCCUGCUUUGGCACUGUCAGAGGCAGGAUGCUCAAAACAAGCACCCAGAAUUCUACUUUGUUCAAAAGACACAGCUCUGAAAACUUCAGCUUGACUUCACUUGUCUUUUCCCAGUGGACCAUCAGAGCCAUUUCAAGAAUAUUGAGCUGAAAUUUGCUGUUCUUUAAUUUCGUAUGUCUUUUAAAUUUUACCCAUCUCUAAAGCACUCGAUGGCCUAUGAAUGGAAACUUCUACGUACAUACUAAGGAUUAGAAUUACUUAUUGUUAUUUGUGUAGAAGCCUGCUUAGUUAUUCACUUAAACAAAUACCCUAAAUAAGCAUCAGCAUCAGUAGAAAGGCUUUCAGAGAUUGGCAUAGCCACAUUCCAAAUCCUCUGAGGAGAAAAUUGUGGUUUUGUGAGAGAUAUUGGGUAAACAUUUUCUCUUCAUAUAUAAUAUCAAUAACGUCCUCAGUGCUGGAGUAUGCUUACAUUAAAUGGAAUUUGCAGUUGAUUAAAAGCCUUAACUUUGCUUCAACAUUUAAUCAACAGCAAAAGCAGAUUAUUGCUUUGUGCCACAGAAUAAAAUUCGUUUUUAUGGAGAGAUUCUUGUACUCAAGUUACUCACUGCUGUUGUUACUCUGUAGGAGCUAUUCUCUACUCAGCCAUAGCUCACAAUCCAGUUUGGACAUUAGAGCCUGGUUUAUUGAGAGAGGAAAAGUUGAUAUCAUUACACUGUUGACUGUAUUCCAUUAUUGCUUAAAUGUAAGCUGUAAAAUGUCUCAUGUUAUGAUAAAUCUUUCUUUGGCAUCCAACUUUGAAACAAACCUGAAGCAACUGCAAAAAUAACAGUAGGUAUUUGUUUUAAACAUAAGACUUUUUUAAUAAUCUUAUUCUAUUUUUAGGAUUUUGAGUUAAGAGUAUCACAGGCUGCUGCAUAAUUUGGUAGGACAUAAUAAAUCUGUGCCAAAAGUACAUGCAAAUCAUUAGUAAUUCCAGAUUAAUUGCCGAUCAGUUUGUAUAGUAUCUAUUUUGAAAUUAAAAGAAGAGCUAGAUUGUAUUCAAAAUAGCCAAUUAAAUCUACAGGGCAUGUUCCACUGGGAAAAAAAAAAAAAAAAAAAAAAAGAAAAAAGAAAAAAAAAAGUCAGAAUUUCUCCCAGGAGUUGCAGGAAACCUCCAUGAAGGCACUUGGAGGCAUUGCAUUGGGUUUGGAGAGUACGCUUUGCACCUGCAAGAGGCCAGAGUUUUGCUGGGAUAAGAGUUAGUUGCUCUAUUCACUCAGGGACCAAAAUAAUCAAACUUAAAGCAGCAUCUGCCCAGCUUGUCCUGGAACUGUGUCCCUGGUAACGCCUGCUCCUGGUAGGUUAGUUUUGCUGGUGAGCAGUGCAUCACCACCUGAGCGUACCCCAGCUGCAGAAGAAAUGAGCCUCACCCUGCUGUGAAGUCACAAGUGCUAAAGCGGGACAGAGGAAAUGUAAAGCCCUUCUGGUCCACGUACUCAGCAGCUGAGGAGGUGACUUAUUGAGUUAGCAGCUGAACUGACCAGGAGUGACUUGGUCUCCACGGAGAAGGGAGUGAAAAGGCCACGGUGUCCAUGUUCCUGGUCGAAAAGCCAUAGCAACACAAGCAGAUGCACGUGGGCCAUUCCUGGAGGUCCCAGCUGGAGCCAAGCUGGCCGCAGCAUGCUGCGCCGAGGAGAGCGCGUUUCAUGACAGUUUUUGAUGACCUGCCGCAGAACCCAGGAGCAACCAGCUCUGACGGUCUGUCACAGGGGCACUAAGAUGGCAAAAUCAUCUAAACAGAAAUGGCUGUGCUGCUCACAAGCGUUGGUGUGCCAGUGGGACUGUGGGGGUGAGCAGAGGAAAGCAGCCAGCCUUUGUGCUUCCUUGUCCUUCCUCUCCACUGCAGCAGGGCUUCUGCCCAGCAAGCCCAACCAUCGCUGCUUGGCUCAUCCGCUGCACCAGCAGGCAUAGGGUCAGCCAGGAAGGGUGAGCAAGUGCCCCUGGAAUUUCUCUGCUGCUUCCCUACUGACAUGGUGCUCUCACUGAUCGCUGUGAGAUGUGACUCGGCUGGUCGGUACCAGCCUCCAACUGUACAUUGUCAUUGCCUAUGGCUAUAUUGAUAAUAUCUUCUGCUACUAAAAAAAAAAAAAAAAAUUUAAAACCACCUUUUUUCUCAUAUAAAAUAGGUUUACUAAGUCAGUAUGGCCCUUUAUAGCACCCAAGAAGAAAAAUUAAUUUGAUCAACUAAUGUGAAUGCUAAAAUGUGAUUUUAAAAAAUUAUUAUUCUUAUUUGAAUUUUCAGGUUGUGUGUUCUCCAUUUCUAUACUGGCACUCAGUACUGCUAUAAGCUACUGUAAAGUUUUAAAACUGUUACAUUACUUAAAAGACUGUGCUAGUCUAUGUAUACCUGUUUGCAAAUCAGAUUUUCACAUCUCUGCCAGUAUGUCCUAAUGUGCUAACAUAAAACCACAUAAGCAUUGUUCUUUAGUUUAUGCUUUUAAGCUAGUUGCAUGUCACUAUUUUUAUGAAUAAUUACUGGUUGUGAAUUUCUCUUGUGGAAUUAUAAAUGAUCUUUUAUUUCAUCAUUAUUGAACUUUCUGAUAUUCAAAAGAUUGUGAAUUGCUUUUAAUUGUGCAAACUGACAUUUUGUGUAUAGAUGAACGACGGUUAGGUUCUACUUUAAUAGUUAAUAACCAUCAUUAAGGCUCUUCGAUUGGAUAAGGUAUAUUGUGAAUUUCUGAGCGAGAAAAUUGAAACUUCAUUAUUUUAGUAAUCUAACAUCUCAAGUGAAUUUUGUAUUUUAAGGACACAAUAAAAAUGAAUAUAUCUAUUUUAAUAUUGAA